AUGGCUAUCGAGGCGUGGUUCAUGGAUGAAACUAGUGGAGAAGACCAAAGGCUCCCUCGUCACUGUAACCCAAAAGAGUUCGUUUCCCUUGACUACUUGGCUGAGUUGGGAGUGUUGUACUGGCGCUUGAACCCAGAGAACUACGAGAAUGAUGAAGAAUUGAAGAAGAUUAGGGAAGAGAGGGGAUACAAUUACAUGGAUUUGCUUGAUAUAUGCCCAGAGAAAGUUGCUGACUUCAAGGAGAAGCUGAAGAGCUUCUAUACGGAACACAUACAUGCUGAUGAAGAGAUACGUUACUGCUUAAAGGGAAGUGCAUAUUUUGAUGUUCGAGACAAGGAUGACCGUUGGAUACGCAUCUGGAUCAAGGCAGGCGAUCUUAUCAUUCUGCCUGCAGGAAUCUACCAUCGAUUCACUCUCGACACUGGUGACUAUGUUAAGCUGAUGAGGUUGUUUGUGGGAGAGCCAGUGUGGACAGCAUAUAAUCGCCCACAGGAAGAUCAUCCAGCAAGGAAGGAGUAUAUUCAGAGUAUGAGGACUGAGAAGGUUGGUAUGGCACUUGAAGCUUAUUAA